AUGGCUUCUGAAGCGGUGGGGAGGGUCCGGCGGGGGCUGUUCAGAGGAGGUAAUAUUUCUAACGAUGAUGGCCUUCCUCGCUCUGAGCCGGCGUUGACUAUCAACAUUCCUGCUGUCCCUUCGACGCCAAGACUACCUGCCGCUGCUCCUCCAAAGUCUACAAAAGUAUCCAAUCCAUCACCUGAUGACGAUGAGCUUGAUGCUCAUCAACAGCAAGACAAUCGCUCUUACCGCGAACACCUUGCGUCUCGGAUUGGCGCUGAUUAUAAAGGUGUAGAGAUAAGCGACGUGAAAGACACUGGAAACGUUGGGGCCCUUAUCUUAGCAACUGUCAAUGGGCCACGGUUUGCGAAGAUUACUCGGCCAACGGAGAUGCCUGGAGUCAUUUUCCUCAUGAACACGCGCGAUCUCGUGCUUACCUUUGGGGCAAAGACAGUAUUGCUGGAAUUUCCGACAAUCAUCAACGCCUUUGCUUCUCCCUCUCUUUGGAACGGCAAGGAUCCCAUUCUCAAGGAGCGCCUCGAAGACGUUAAAGAGCUCUACUACUACCUUGACUCGACACCUUCCCACUCAUACAUGAAAUUCCUUUACAAAUACCCUCAACGUCGCUACCCGUACGAAGAACUGGUGACUGAGAACCGGAAUCGUAGUCGUGACGUUGCCGGGUAUGAGAUUCUCGACUCAGACACAUUCAAUGAAGAUAGUCCUAGACACAUGUAUUACGCCAAGGACGAAGACGAACCAGAUAACAUCUAUAUCAGGAUUACUGCCUAUAAUCGAGGGCCUGAUCCUGCAACUCUCCAUAUUAUUCCCCAACUGUGGUUCCCAAACACUUGGUCAUGGCCUCUAGAAAAGCCUCCAAUGCCUUCCUUGACUGCCCAUAAUUGCAGUGGCAUCAAUUACAUCGCCGCCAAACAUCCAGACCAACCUAAAACCCACCUCUAUCGUCUUCCUUCUCCCCCACCAGUUGGUCCUAAUGGCAACUUUGACGUUGACCCCGAGACAGAAGCCGUUGAACCAGAAUUGCUAUUUACCGAGAACAACACCAACUUUAGUCGCCUGUACGGAGUUGACGACGAUGAAGUUGAGGAAGGUCCUUGCACACCUUUUCCAUCUGGACCUGAUUUCGUGAACCCGAACAAGACCGGGACUAAGUCUGCUGCUCAUUACAUUUUCAAAGAUGUACCCAGUCAAGGGGGCUGCUCUGUUGUCCGUCUCAAGCUAACGCCUCUCUCUGUGAAGAAGGACCUUAGUAUCGAGGACAAAGGUAUCUUCGAUGAUGUUGUCGAAGCUCAUCGUCGGGAAGCAGACGAAUUUUACAAUUCCCUCGUCUUUGGGCCUAUGAGCGAUGAUUUCAAACAAAUCGUGUGUCAAGUGCUGGGAGAGAUGCUCCAAACAAAACGGUACUACAAGUUCAUUCAGAAGGAAUGGUUGGAGGGUGAUCCUGCUCAACCUCCUCCUCCCGAACGCAAAUUCAUUAGAAACUGGGAUUGGCGCUACAUGCAUGUCGUGGACGUACUAUCCAUGCCCGACAAGCAAGUGGUAUUCUACUACUGA